CUGGGUUAAGAGCCUCUUGCAUUUCUUGUGUGAUACUGAGCUUUAGAUCUGUUCGGAGCAAGUAUGGGGUUUUCAGAUCUUAUGGACAGCGUUGGAGGCCUUGGCCGUUUCCAGUUUAUCAACUCAGCGCUACUCAUGAUCCCUUCGAUCAUAAUGGCAAGUCAUACCUUCAUGCAGAAUUUUUCUGCUGCAGUUCCUGAUCACCACUGCCGAAUUCCAAAUUUCACAAUAAUAAUGAGUAACUGGAACAUCACUCCUUUGGCACUGGAUGGACAGACACUCCUAAAAGCCUUUGUUCCUCAUGAUAGAAAAAAUAAACCGUCCAGGUGCCUGCAGUUCACCGUGCCACAGUGGCACCUCCUGUUUCUAAACCAGAGCGCUGCAAACACCUCAGGGCUUCAGACAGAGCCGUGCCGGUAUGGUUGGACCUACAACAGGCAAGAGUUCAAUGAAACAAUAGUAACUGAGUGGGACCUCGUGUGUGACGUGCGGCACCUGAAGCAGAUGAGCCAGACUGUCUAUAUGGGGGGGAUUUUGGCAGGAGCCAUCAUCCUUGGUGGCCUAUCAGACAAGUUUGGCCGUCGCAGAAUUCUCAUUUUUUCUUACCUGAAGCUGGCCGUGUCAGGCACGUGUACGGCAUUUUCACCUUCCUACAGUGUCUUCUGCGUCCUGCGUUUUGUGACAGGCAUGGCCAUAUCUGGAAUCAUCCUCAACGUUGUGUCUUUAAAUCUAGAGUGGAUACCAAUCAAAUCUCGCACCAUAAUGGGUGCAAUGCAUUCAUUCAGUUCCAGCACUGGACAAAUUGCACUGGCAGGCUUUGCAUAUGCGAUUCGUGACUGGCGUACACUGCAGCUGGUGAUCUCUGUUCCAAUUUUUUUCAUCUUCUUCUAUAGUUGGUGGAUUUCAGAAUCUGCUCGAUGGCUCAUAAUUAAUAAAAAACCUGAUGAGGCUCUUAAACAGAUCAGAAGGGUUGCCAGAAUCAAUGGACAUGUGAAAGAGGGAGAAGCAAUCACAUUAGAGGUUUUGAAAGAACAUAUGCAACAGGAGGCGCAAUCUGUGAAGAAAACCUACACAGCCAUCGAUCUCUUCCGUACUCCUUACAUGAGGAAGACCACUGUGUGUCUCAUGAUUCUCUGGUGUGCUAUCAGCUUUGGAUUCUAUGGUUUGGUGAUGGACCUGCAAAGAUUUGGUGUCAGUGUGUUUUUGGUGCAAGUGAUAUUUGGAGCCAUUGACUUUCCUGCCAAGGCACUCUGUGCUUUUUCUAUGAUGUUUAUUGGACGAAGAGUUACUCAAGCAGUUUUACUGCUAGUCCCAGGCCUUCUCAUCUUGGCUAAUGCUUUUGUGUCUUAUGAAUUGCAGACGCUACGCACUACCCUUGCGGUUCUGGCGAAAGGAAUGCUGGGUGCCUCAUUUACUUGUAUCUACAUGUACACUUUGGAGCUCUACCCCACUGUUAUCAGGCAAACUGGAUUGGGAUUUGGAUCAACAAUGGCUCGAGUAGGAUCAAUGACAGCACCAAUGGUCAUGUUGCUUGAAGAUUACCUUUAUGGCUUACCCCUGAUGGUGUACGGGGCACUGCCUGUGAUUGCAGGCAUCAUCGCAGUCUUCCUUCCAGAGACUCUUAACAUGCCAUUGCCAGAGACUAUAGAGUAUGUGGAAGCACAACGGGGUCAAGGAAAAAGAAAGCAGAACAUAAAAAGUGAAAUUACUCCUCAUGUUUUGCUGUCUAGUAAAUUGUGAAGCCAUGUCUUUGACUGAUUUGUCUUUCAUUGACAAUUUAAUCUUUUAGCUGUAAACAUUUCAAGUUGUAUACUAUUCUGUACCAUGAGGAAGAUGUACAGUAGGUUUUUGAUACAUUAAACAGCAUCAUAGCAAUUAAUUCAGGACUUUUAUACAACCUUUCAAUACAAAUAUGUAAAUGCAUAUUUCAGUUGCAUCAUAGGGCGGCACGGUGGCGCAGUGGUAGCGCUGCUGCCUCGCAGUUAGGAGACCCGGGUUCGCUUCCUGGGUCCUCCCUG